AUGGCCAUUGAGGUUCCCCUUCCUGAGCCUUUUGCCUCUAUCCCUCGGGCAACACUGACCUUUGGUCCCUCACCCAUCCAGCCGCUCCCCAAGAUCUCCAAGGCCCUGGGCGGAAAGGUCAAUGUAUACGCCAAGCGCGAGGAUGUGAACUCUGGCCUGGCCUUUGGCGGCAACAAGGUUCGCAAGCUGGAGUAUCUCGUGCCAGAAGCUCUCGAGACUGGCUGCGACACACUUGUCUCCAUCGGUGGCGUACAGUCCAACCACACCCGCGCCGUAACAGCAGUAGCCGUCGCGUCCGGCCUCAAGGCGGCCACGGUACAAGAGCACUGGGUAGAAUGGACCGACCCAGGCUACGAAAAAGUCGGCAACCUGCAGCUCUCCCGGCUCAUGGGCGGCGACACGCGCCUCGACCCUUCGACCUUUGGCAUCGAGCACAAGACGACCCUCGCCCGCCUGACCGAGGAGCUCGAGGGCGCCGGCCGUAAGCCUUACUACAUCCCCGCGGGCGCGUCGGACCACCCACUCGGCGGGCUCGGCUUCGCGCGCUGGGCGUUCGAGGUCGAGGCCCAGGAGAAGGAGCUGGGGGUGUUCUUUGACCACAUUGUUGUGUGCGCUGUGACGGGGUCGACGUUUGCGGGCAUGAUUGCUGGGUUUAAGCUGGCGCAGAAGAAGAGCGGGUCGAAGCCGAGGAAGAUUAUUGGCAUUGAUGCCAGCGCCAAGGUGAAGCAGACGUUCGAUCAGGUUCUGAGGAUCGCCAAGUUUACUGCUGCCAAGAUUGGUCUGAGUGAGGACGACAUCACUGAGAGUGAUGUGCUCCUCGAUGACAGAUACCAUGCUGGAACAUAUGGCAUACCAGACGAACAAACAAUCGAGGCUAUCAAGUUUGGCGCCAGCACAGAGGCGUUCAUCACGGAUCCGGUGUAUGAGGGCAAGAGUCUGGCUGGUAUGAUGGACAUCAUUAAGAAGGGAGAGAUUCUUGAGGGCGGAAACGUCUUGUAUGCGCAUCUUGGUGGCCAGCUUGCUCUGAACGCCUAUUCCACUAUUCCAUGA